GAUAGUGCUGCUGUGCGAUGGACUACUGAUUUGCGGGGGUGACUAUCGAUAGGCUGGAUGCAUCGAUUUACUCACAUUUCUUGGGUGUUUUAAAAAGAAAAGCGUGAAAAACGGCCCAAAUAAACGAAUCAUCUGCGUGUCGGGAAGAAAAGUGCAUCGAAGCGAAAGCUAUACCUUCCGCAGGUGUUGAAGGCCUCGAAAAAUACUGCCAAAUAGUUACAGCAACCGUAUCAGUCGUCUCGCAGUCGCAGCGCAGCGAGUGUUAUUUAGCGCAGGGGGGAGGGAGUGUAUGUGCGUGUGUAUGUGUGCGCCAGUGAGUGGGCAGAGGAGCAGCAGCGGAUGUGGAUGUAGCUCGAAGGAGCCCGCAGUUAGCAGCGGAUACCACGAAAAGCAAACGGAGACAAGAAAAUAAACACGGCACUGGAAACCCUAAACGCGGCAUCGCAGAGAAAAGGUUUUCUGGAACAACAGCAGCAGCAACCGCCGAAGUCGCAGCAGAGACUGAGCAGAGGCAGAGACAGCCGCAGCCGCGUCGGUGACCGCACCCUAAUGUCAAAUAGCCAAGCAAAUGCCGGCAGCAGUGGUAGCGCGGUAGCGGAUGAACCGAUCCAGCUCCAACCCCCCACAAAUCCGAAUCCGAAUCCGAAUGCAUCCAGCCAAGCAGCAGCUGCAGCCGCAGCGGCAGCAGCUACGCCGGCGUCGCAGCAGCAGCAGCAGCCCCCUCACAUAGUCGGAGCCUCAACAGCUGAUGCGGGCACUAGUAGCGUUCAGGUGUCUGAGGGGGUCAACCUAGAUUCGUCACCCCGCGAAAGCGGUGACGAUUCUGAGGAUGAAAGUGAAAUCCUGGAAGAGUCGCCCUGCGGACGGUGGCUGAAGCGGCGAGAAGAGGUCGACCAGCGCGACGUUCCAGGGAUCGACUGCGUCCACCUGGCCAUGGACACCGAAGAGGGGGUGGAGGUGGUGUGGAACGAGGUGCAAUAUGCUAGCCUGCAGGAGCUCAAGUCGCAGGAGGAGAAGAUGCGACAGGUGUUCGACAAUCUCCUGCAACUUGACCACCAGAACAUUGUCAAGUUCCAUCGCUACUGGACGGACACACAGCACGCGGAGCGUCCUAGGGUGGUCUUCAUAACCGAGUACAUGUCGUCGGGCUCGCUGAAACAGUUCCUCAAGCGCACCAAGCGCAACGCCAAGCGGUUGCCGCUGGAGUCUUGGCGCCGCUGGUGCACCCAAAUCCUGUCCGCGCUCAGCUAUUUGCAUUCCUGCACGCCGCCCAUCAUCCACGGCAACCUAACCUGUGAUAGCAUCUUCAUCCAGCACAACGGUCUGGUCAAGAUCGGCUCGGUGGUUCCCGAUGCGGUCCACUACAGCGUCCGACGGGGCCGAGAACGGGAUCGAGAGCAGCAGCGAGAGCAAGAACGCGAGCGCGAACGGGGCGCCCACUACUUCCAGGCGCCGGAGUACGGUGCAGCCGAACAGCUAACAGCCGCCCUCGACAUCUACGCCUUUGGGAUGUGCGCUCUGGAGAUGGCCGCCCUAGAGAUCCAACCCAGCAAUAGCGAGUCGACUGCCAUCAACGAGGAGACCAUCCAGCGCACAAUCCUCAGCCUUGAGAGCGACCUGCAGCGCGAUCUAAUACGCAAGUGUCUGAAUCCGCAGCCGCAGGAUCGGCCCAGUGCCAAUGAUCUGCUCUUUCACCCACUGCUUUUCGAGGUACACUCCCUCAAACUACUGACGGCCCACUGUCUGGUCUUUUCGCCCGCCAACCGCACCAUGUUCUCGGAGACCGCCUUCGACGGACUGAUGCAACGUUAUUACCAGCCGGAUGUUGUGAUGGCCCAAAUGCGAAUGGCUGGCGGCCAGGAGCGACAAUACCGUCUAGCCGACGUCUCUGGCGCGGACAAGCUUGAGAAGUUUGUCGAAGAUGUUAAGUAUGGGGUAUAUCCGCUGAUCACGUACAGCGGCAAGAAGCCGCCAACUUUCCGUUCGCGGGCCGCCUCGCCAGAACGGGCUGACUCCGUGAAAUCGGCCUCACCGGAACCGGUGGACACCGAGUCGCGGCGCAUCGUCAACAUGAUGUGCAGCGUGAAAAUCAAGGAGGACAGUAACGACAUAAUCAUGACAAUACUGCUUCGCAUGGACGACAAGAUGAAUCGCCAGUUGACGUGUCAGGUGAACGAGAACGAUACGGCGGCGGAUCUCACCAGUGAGUUGGUGCGCCUGGGAUUUGUCCAUCUAGACGAUCAGGACAAGAUCCAGGUUCUUCUUGAGGAGACGCUAAAGGCGGGCGUUCUGAGCGAUGGCGCCGGAGCGGAAAGCUCAGGCGCAGGGGUGACCACCACAGCGACCAUGGCGGCGUUAGAGCAACUGGAGCGGAACUGGUCAAUUUCUUCAGAUGCAGCAGACAAGCAGGCCACUGCGGUGAUGUACGUGCCCCAGGAGCAACAGCAUCAAGAUUCGGCCGCGGCGGACGCAGAGCAAUCGGGAGCCGCGACGAGCAAUUGAGAGUAUCAGCUUAGUAUUCAGGGCAGGCCAGCGCGUAUUGUUUUUAUUGUAUUGGGAAAUUACACAUUACGAUUUUAUUACUACUAUUAUUUGUUAUUUUUAUAUAUAUACCUAUAUAUAUGUAUAUGUAUGUAUGUAUUUGAAAUAAUAUUUAUGUAUGUAUGUACCAUAAACGAUGUUGAACCAGGCUUCCAAGCUAAAGAUUUCCAUGACACAAGACACACACACAAAACCGUCGAGGGUGGGUCGAUUCGUGUGGAUCCAAAACAGAAAAAUAGUACUAUAUUAGAAGAAAGGACCGGAUAAGAAAACUCUCGUGGAAUAUUGAAAUUAUUUAUCAUUUGAACAAUUUUUGUUGAUCCGGGCCUUCUAUUUGCUUGGCUUUAAUGUAAUGUAAUCAUUUAUAGCAAAGUCGCUUUUUAAAUUGCAAAUUUUUGAUGAAAAUUGACUAUUUGAAUCCCGGACCUGCUUCAGACAUAAUUAUCGACCCAACCUUUAGAACACUAUUUGAGAAGAUACACACCUCACACUAAGCUAACGAGCUGAAUAAACCAAGCAUUCGCUUAGCACAACUCUUGAGCCAGCUCGAAUCGAAUUCGCAGCUCUCAAAUCCAGACACAAUUGGAAUACGAAAAAGCCGAUUUACCGAUUUCGAAAUAGUGUCUGGGCGCCACUACGAAGACGAUUUUUUCUAGGACUAUAUCAAAUUUCGUAACUUAGCCAUGCCGCGAUGAGGACGACACCUAAAACGCAGUGGAUUGUAUUUAAAUGUAUUACAAAUAUAAAAAAAUACGCAGGGCCACGAAAAAAAUAAAUUAUUAAACUAGAAAACAAGAUACAAAACUAUAUUAACACAAGCAACAACAAUAAUACACAACUGACAUAGCUACACUAUUAUGAAAUAAAUAAAGAUGGCAGCCAGCUAACUAAUUCCA